AUGGAUGAAGCACUGGACGAACUGAGGGCGCUGCACCAGCCCGUCCUCUCCUCGACGCUGGACAGCCAGCCCGUCCUCUCCUCGACGCUGGACAGCCAGCCCGUCCUCUCCUCGACGCUGGACAGCCAGCCCGUCCUCUCCUCGACGCUGGACAGCCAGCCCGUCCUCUCCUCGACGCUGGACAGCCAGCCCGUCCUCUCCUCGACGCUGGACAGCCAGCCCGUCCUCUCCUCGACGCUGGACAGCCAGCCCGUCCUCUCCUCGACGCUGGACAGCCAGCCCGUCCUCUCCUCGACGCUGGACAGCCAGCCCGUCCUCUCCUCGACGCUGGACAACCAGCCCGUCCUCUCCUCGACCCUGGACAGCCAGCCCGUCCACUCCUCGACGCUGGACAACCAGCCCGUCCUCUCCUCGACGCUGGACAGCCAGCCCGUCCUCUCCUCGACGCUGGACAACCAGCCCAUCCUCUCAAGUUAUCACGUGAUAAAAAUGAUGUAUUAA